ACUGCUCAUUUCUCUGAAUAUUCUGGACAUUUAUCUCCCAGCCAUCCCGUGUUCUAAUCCGCACCACCAAGCCCAUCUGCACGAUCCCCACGGACACGGACGGCGGCAGCAGCCAGCUGUUGGAUUACCGCCAGAAGCACCAUCUCGUCGUGGAAGGCGUGUCACUCCCAGAAUUAGUCAGCGCCCCUUUGUCCUCGCGCGGUGCCCAGCCAGCGACACUCAUGGCGGCUGCACCCGUCAGGCAGCGCUCCGGGCCGGGGGGACCCCGGGCGCAGCUCCCCCCCUGCUACUACGAAGGGUACCUGGAGAAGCGAGGACCGAAAGAGAAGGCGGCCAGGCGACUGUGGACCUGUCUGUGUGGCAAUUCUUUGUACUUCUUCAAUAACGCCAAGGACAGUCAUUUUGUGGAAAAACUGGACCUCAGCGGGUUUGUGUCCCUGAAGGACGACUGCAGCCGGGAUAGAAAUCUGGAGGCAGCCAGACUCAUUCUACGCAUGAAGGAUGGAGAGACCAAACUUACAGCACCAAACUUGGAGUCAAGGGAGCUGUGGAAAGGUUUCCUCUACUCCGUUGUUGACCUGAACGUGCCAUCCUGUCUCACGCUGCUGCCGGGCCAACUGCAGAUGCUGAGGGAGAUAGUGGACAAAGAAAGGUCCAGGAGAAGAAAUCGCACACCCACUCGCGCUCCUCCCUCGCCUCUCUCCGUGCCUUUAGUAGGGGAGAUCCCCCCGUGUUUUCGACCGGUGUCCCGAACGGAGGCUGAGGUCCUCCUCGAGAGACACCCAGACUGUGGCAACAUGCUGCUCCGUCCAGGCAGAGAUGGCUGCUCAUUGGCUGUCACAACCAGGCAGGACCUCAAUGGGUCAGUGUUCAGACAUUACCGUGUGACUCAGAGGGACCAAGGGGGUUAUGUCAUUGAUGUUGAAAACCCUAUUCCCUGUGCUACGCUCCACGAGGUCAUUGACGCUUUGGUGGAGAAGACGGCGGGAACUCUGCAGCCUUUCCUGCUGGAGGAGCCGUACGAAGAGAACAUCACAUACGUUUCGGCCAACGAUGAGAACGGAGAAAAGAUUCUCCACACUGCCCCCUCCAGCCCUCUUCCAAAGGCCCCCGCCCUGCCUCCAAAACAGGAUCGUUGGCCCAGCAGCCCCCUGUCCCGGUCCCCCGCCACCGACCGCCGCAUCCUGACCUCGCCGGUGCCGGCCUCGCCCACCAAUCCGAUGCGACGGCUCAUCCUCUCCCCAUCGCCUCUUGCACAGACGCUCAACGAGGAACUCAAAAUGAAGCUUGAGAUGAGGCGAGCCGGUCAGGAGUGAUUCGCCCGUUAGAAACAACCUCCUGUCCCAUCACAAGUAAUCUUCAGUGCCAAAACCCCUUCUCGCCACAGCUAUGUAUUCAUCCUGUGCCUUCAUGGUGGAGACAAGAGACUACAAGUACUGCCACUUGUAGGGAGAAGCGAAGUGUUGGACUUUGAUGUUUAAAUGAACUUAGCUCCAUAAGAGCAAGAUUGGCUGGUAAACACUGGAUUAAGGGUCAUAAAACCUCACAGAGCGCUUCCUGCCUUAGGGGGGGUAAUAAGCCACUAGUUAUUGUCCACUUUCAUGAAGCUUUUUUUCAAAUUGCCUCUGAUCAAAAGAUGCAGUGCAACCAUAAAUGAUUCAAGUCAUUCAGAUCAGAGUCCACACUGAAUCAAUAUACCUGGCAGCUAAAAGAAAGCUAUCGGAGAAGCAUUUCCACGUUCAGGACCACCAACUGAGAGCCUGAUGUUUUCACCUCUGAGCCCAUGUCUGAAUGCUGAGCUCCGGCAACAGAAGAACACACAAACCACUGCCUGUUAAGAUCAACACCAGAGACCCGAGACACUUUAUCUGCUCUGAAAAAAACAACACCGUUCAGGUUUCAGCAAAUCUCUUCAAUCACCUUAUCAUCACAUGGAACGUGACUGAAAAAACAACCGUCUGUUGCUGGUGGAGCUGGUCAGAAUCUGAAAAAUGCUCAAAAAUCUCUGCCUGCUGCUCAUGUGCUAUUUGUGAAUAAUAAGCAACCUGUAAUGUAUUGUUGAUUCAAUGGCACCGUUGCAGCUCAUAUGUGAAUCAACCUUAAGCGUACUGUUGGUGCUAAUUUGAAAGUGUUUCCUUAUUCUCUCCUAUGCUGUGUUCAUGCUACUGUAUGAUUCAGUGGCUCACGGGUGCUCAGACCUGCCUGGAAACUCCAGGGGAUUUUGGUUCCUCCUCUAGCAAAUAAACCGUAUUCGUAUGUGAUACUGACCUCUGGUACUGAUAUGUGUCGACUAGACAGAAACCUUAUCACCACAAGUGCGAAAGACUUUGCAGACCGAACCAGCCUUUUGGCUUCAUCACAGUAGUUACUGCGUGUCCACCUUUGUAACAAAAUUCAAAUUUGUUAAAGGCCAAUAGAUUUGUGUCUGAUUGGCAAAUUGUGAUUAACCGACUCAUAGGUUUCCUUUUACAGUGAAAGGUUUCUUGUGUGUGUUUUUACAUGUCGUCUCUGCUUCAUCAGUAUCAAAGAAAAGUGUUUGUUAGAUAUCAAGGGCAUUAAAUGGUUUUGCAUGGAU